AUGCGCCGUCCGCUCGCUGUGGCUUUGACCACGCUUCUGUCUUCUUCAGCUGCUGCUGUGCCUUACGCCGAGUACAUCCUUGCACCGUCUCAGCGAGAUCUUUCUCCUGUAAAAGUCCACCAGGCCAAUGGAACAGUAAUCAAUGCCGCUGAGGUGACGACUUCCGGAUCUGGAGGUACGACCUUCAAUAGCGUCUCAGCCGUAACUUACGACUACACCAAGAACAUUGGAGGUCUGGUGUCUUUCAUCGUCAGCUCUAGUUCAGACAGCGAACAGUACAUCGGAAUAUCCUACACCGAGUCAUCUCUAUGGAUCUCCCCGGAUGGUUCCGAUGCCACGCAAAAUAUUGCCAUCGACGAGACAUUGUGGUUCAAGAUUACUGGACCAGGCAAUUACUCGGUUGAGCCUCUUCAUGACCGCGGUGGCUUCAGAUAUCUUAACGUCUACCACAACACCACUGGCAAUGUUACCCUCAGCCACUUGCAGACAUACUUUACUGCCAUGCCACAUUUCCCUGAUGACGGCAUUGGUGAGUACACAGGCUAUUUCCACAGCAAUGAUGAGAAACUCAACCGAGUAUGGUAUGCUGGUGCAUAUACUGAUCAACUCUGUACCAUUCCUUCCACUGCAGGAAACUCUCUGGUCGACCUCGACGCCACCGACCCGAACACACCGACAGUAUGGUGGUCCAACAGCACUUUGACCAAUGGAAGCUCAGCAUUUACCGACGGUCCUAAGCGUGAUAAGCUCGUCUGGCCUGGUGAUUUUGCCAUCUCUGUUCCAGGAGUAUUCCUCUCCACGGACGACGCCAUCACCGUCAAGCUCUCUCUCCAGCAACUAUUUGCGAGUCAAAACGCUACUACUGGAGCACUCCCUUGGUUUGCUCAACCCAUCUACGUGUUCCCUGAGAACAGUUUCAUCAACUUUGGAAAGGUAGUCUUCAGCUUCAACUACCAUCUAUUCACGCUCCUUGGAUUGCACAACUACUGGAUUUACACUGGUGAUGACGAAUACUUACAACAGAACUGGAACAGAUUCAAGCUUGCUCUGAAUUACAGCUUGAGUUUUGUGGAUGAGACUGGAUUAGCCAACGUCACUUCAAGCUUCGAUUGGUUAAGAGAAGGCAUGGGCGGUCACAACAUCGAGGCCAACAGCAUCUUAAAGCACACUUUGGAUGUAGCUGUAACUCUCGCUUAUGCUGUGAACGAUACUUCUCACAUCGCUAGCUGGAAAAAUUCUUCUGCAACUAUUGUCAGCGCUGCAAACACACUCCUCUGGGACAGCUCUGCUUCGCUAUACAAGGAUAAUGAGACCACUACUCUACAUCCCCAAGAUGGAAAUGUGUGGUCCAUCAUUUCUGGUGUUGCGUCUGCGAACCAGAGUACUGAUAUUUCGAGCGCCCUCGCUGCACGCUGGGGACCUUAUGGUGCACCCGCUCCCGAAGCAGGAACCACUGUAUCUCCGUUCAUCACAGGCUUUGAACUGCAAGCUCACUUCCUCGCCGGUCAACCUCAACGUGCUAUCGAGUUGAUGCAAUUUAUGUGGGCCGACUUCAUGUUGGAUGACCCGCGCAUGACGAAUAGCACAUACAUCGAAGGCUACGAUACUAGCGGCGCAUUGCACUAUCCUGCUUAUGCAGACGACGCACGCAUCUCACAUGCCCACGGCUGGUCUUCUGGUCCUGUCUUGGCCUUGUCAACUUUUGCAGUUGGUUUACACGUGCUGAAUGCAACCAAUUGGAUUGCUCACCCCCAACCUGGCAACUUGACGAAUGUGGAAGCUGGAUUCAAGGUCGACCAUGGCACUUAUUCUGGCAACUACUCUGUCACUGCCAAGGGAGCGAGCUAUGUUCUCUCUACCCCACCUGGCACCAAAGGAAGCCUUGUACUCGACACUCCUGGAUGCAAUGCUAGUGUCAAGGUCACUGGUAGUGAUGUUGGUGGUAAGCAUGGGAAGAAGUUCAGUUGGGUAAAGCAGGUUCAUGGACAUAAAGGUGUGGCAUCGACUCCAUGGAAGUGUGGUGUAUGGGGGCCAUCGCCUCCUGCACACCAAGAUGGCAGUGCUGGCACAAUCACGAUUGAUAAUCUGGCUGGUGGAAAUUAUACUGUGGACAUCGUAUGCUCCUGA